CCUUUGCCUGGCUGUGGUCCCCAUCGGACUAGCAUGGUCCCCUCUGGACCCUUUUCCACACCUGCCGUCAUCAUUGACCCUCCUAGUUCUGACAGCUGCUGUAUUUAAGCUGUCUCCUACAGAACCAUUAGGCACACUCACUGCAGCAGGAGCACCCGGCUAAGAGACAUGGCCAGUAGAAAGACAAAGAAGAAGGAGGGAGGUGCCAAGAGGGCCCAGAGAGCCUCGUCUAAUGUCUUCUCCAUGUUCGAGCAGACACAGAUCCAGGAGUUCAAGGAGGCAUUCACACUUAUUGACCAGAACAGGGAUGGAUUCAUUGAUAAAGAAGACCUAAAGGACACCUAUGCAUCUCUCGGUAAAUUGAACGUCAAGGACAAUGAGCUGGAAGAUAUGCUGAAAGAAGCCAGUGGCCCCAUCAACUUUACCAUGUUCCUCAACCUGUUUGGAGAGAAGCUGCACGGCACAGAUCCAGAAGACACCAUCACAAACGCCUUCAAAAUGUUUGAUCCCGACGCCAAGGGUUUUGUUCACAAAGAUGAACUACAGCGUCUCCUGAUGACACAAGCCGACAAGUUUACUGCUGAAGAGGUAAAACAGAUGUUUCAGUCAUCCACCAUUGAUGCAGAAGGAAACUUGGACUACAAAUCUCUCUGUUACAUCAUCACACACGGAGAGGAACAGGAAGAGUGAAGGGACUGUAAAUACCAAAUCAUUAUCAGAGUUGCUGGUACAGUCAACAUCCUUACUAAGGUUCUAGAAUGUAAUGGCUUUUUGUAUGACAGAUGAAAAAUCUAUUCUUGCUUUUACUGAAUUACUGGCUAAAACAAUAAUAAAU